CUAAUCAUCCGCCACCUACCUCUGUCCCCUUCCUCCUUCUCCAUUUUCGCCUCCAUUUGAUUCCUCCUCCUCCGAUAGGAAACGCGACGACUAUCUCUCUCCUAUCUCUCCGUCCCCCUCCUGUUCUCUCUCUUUUACCCCGACACCAUCGCCAUGAGCUUUGCGACAGGGCAAGUGAUCGGUGCGCGGCUUCUUACUCCGCGGCGGCGAAUCAGUGUCAUACGGCAGGUGCAGCGGCCCCAUCUCUGCUCGGAUCUCCUCCGGUUUGCGGCUUUCUUUAGUACGUCGGCGAUCUACGCGGCGGCAAAAUUCCAAUUCGCAGAAGAAGCAACUACGCGCGUUCUGGCCGAGAUCUCGGCCUUUCGACGGCUAUCCCCUCCCGGGAUUAGCCAUAUCGAUGUUGUUGUCGUCUUUACGGGGGAUAUCACAGCGAUUCCGUCGGUGAAUCACUCUGACAUCUAUCGGACGUUGCGCACUUGGGCUGGGGAAGUGAGGACGGCGUGGACGGAUCUUCUGGCUCGACGAGGAGAUACCAUCGUACCAGCGCAUGACACGGACCUCCAGCUCCGCUCGUCUCGAAGUUCGCCCGCGAUCGUGGAGGAGGGCAAUCUCACCUUGAUCACGGACGAGUUGCUGGUGUUUUUGACUCGGCUGGGAGACGAUCUGCCCCUGGACAUCUUGUCCCACAGUGACAAGCAGCUUGGCACCCACGUGCUGUCUCGAACGCUCGAGCCGCACCUUGUGUGUUCCACGUGCACGGAAAUCGACGAGGACAAUUGUCUCUAUCCCUCCCAGACGCUCUACUUGGAGAUCGACGUUACCGAUCUCACGUUUUGGGACCCGAUUGCGAAACAAAACAUCUUGCACGACGAGGAGAUAAGGGGAGCAAACGAAGAAGAGGAAGAAGAAGAGCCAUCAAGUGAGGAACGAGACGAUCCGGACUACGUACCGAAAAGAGAGGCGGGGAUAGCCGACGAAUCAAAUCAGCCGCAGGUAAAGGACGAAGGGGUGGAAUCAGAAGAAGAAGAAGGAAGCUGGCUAUCAGGAUCGGAUUGCGAAGGAUUCGAGGCUGAAGUGCGCGGCGCGGCACGAGAACGAGCACGAGAGCAGAGGAAACGGAAGCGCGAGGAGACCACAGAGGGAAAGCGACCCGCAACAGACGUAUCCUCUGUCGAUCCGUUGAUCGAGGACCCGUGGCGUGAUCUAGAGUCGUCAGAGGAGGAAGACGAUGGAACCACAGUGGAGGGAUCACGCAGCAGAAGAAGAAGAAGAAGUGAAUCGCCAGCUCCCUCCGGUUCCCCGUCUCGAUCCUCCCUUCGUCUACGUCAAGAUCUCAGCGUUCGGGCUUCGUCCCCGGUCGUUCUCUCGCCGACCCCGUGACUACCUCAUGCUCACCCGCCUUCCCCAUAGACCCCCAUUCCCCGAUGGUUGGUGUCCUUUCCCUCAUCACCUUUUCUACCAUCUC